AUGGACUUGGGCCUGGCGCCGAUCGGGCGCCGGGCGUCAUGCCGGGGGGCCACGCGUCGCCGCGGGCGCUUGGCGAAGGCGCAGCGCCAGACGGACGUGCAGGGCGCGGAGACGGGCCUGGCGGAGUCGACGUGCCCGUCGCCCGGGCGGCCUGGUGUGCGCGAGCAGGGCGACUGCAGUUGUUCGCCCCACGUGGGGGCGGGGGACCUGGAGGGGAAGGCGGGGGAGUGGUCCUGGGCCACGCUUGGGGGCAAGUACAAGAUCCUGGCGGCGUCUGCGGGGGCGUUCAUCAUAUGCAACAUGGACAAGGUGAACAUGUCAGUGGCCAUCAUUCCCAUGGCCCAGGAUUUUGGGUGGGGCCCCUCCAUAUCCGGCCUGGUGCAGUCGUCCUUCUUCUUGGGCUACUUCCUGUUCCAGAUCCCAGGGGGCUACCUGUCCAGCCGCUUCUCUGGCUCAAGGGUGCUGCCCACAGGUGUGGCACUCUGGUCCCUCGCAACUGUGGGUGUGCCGAUGCUGGGGGCCACCAUACCCGGCCUGUGCCUCUCUAGGGCCCUGGUGGGCCUUGGGGAAGCAGUAUCGCCUGCUGCAGCCACUGACAUGGUCGCCAGGAUCAUGCCAAGGGAGGAGAGGUCUCGUGCGACAGCAUUCAUCUUUGCCGGCCUGCAUGUUGGCAGCCUGCUGGGGCUGCUCAUCUCCCCACUCUUGAUUGAGGGCUUUGGGUGGCCAGCAGUGUUCACAUGUUUUGGGGGACUUGGGCUGAUUUGGGUGGCAUGGUUCCAGUUAGUGCUCAGUGACGUUGUGCAGAAGGAGAAGGGGGUUGCGGAGGACCUCAAGGGGCGAGGCAUAUCAACAAAAGACCAGGAGCCCAUUCCGUGGAGCAGGCUGCUCAAGUCCCAACCAGUCCAGGCUCUCAUGUUCACCCAUUUUUGUAACAAUUGGUUUCAAUUCACGAUGCUGGCAUGGUUGCCAACGUACCUCAAGGACACAUUGGGUGUUUCGCUGGCAAACGCGGCUGAGUUGUCGCUGCUGCCACCGCUUGCGGCGAUCACCACAUCAGCCAUUGCUGGACCCCUCGCAGACUACCUCAUCUCCAAUGGUUGGAAGGUGGCCACUGUGAGGAAGCUGGCGCAGUGUGUUGCAUUCCUGGGGCCAAUGGUGUGCCUGGCAUGUGCAACCACAUCGGACACUGGCUCCUGGAAAGUGGGAUUCAUCACUGCCGCACUGGGACUCGCCAGCUUUUCUCUUGCUGGCUUGUACUGCAACCACCAAGAUCUCUCACCAAAGUAUGCAGGAGUCCUCCUGGGCAUCACCAACACCGCUGGAGCACUGCCAGGCAUCAUCGGUGUGGCCGUGACUGGAAUUUUGAUGGACCAGACUGACUCUUGGACACUCUCCCUCUUUGUGCCCUCCAUGAUUUUCUUUCUGGCAGGAUCCAUCGUCUUCACCCUGUAUGGUCGUGGCGACCUCCUCCAGUUUGCCGAUGACAGUGCGUCUUAA